AUACAUCGUUUUUAAACGAAUUAACGCAAAAUUCAAAUAUCGAACGAAUAUCAUAAAAAUCAAUGAUUCUUUUUUUGUGUUGUGAUAUAAUAUCUGUGGUAUUGUGAAAAGUGAUAUAAAUCCGAAUAUGACUGUAACAUUUAACUAUUAGUUUAAAUUUGGAAAGGUCAAAAUGAAUCGCAAUCGAGAAGCCGGACCUUCAGCGACCAAACCAACCACGGUUAUGAUGUUCCACGAUCGCUACACAGCCGGUGAAACAACUGGAGGUCUGAGUGCAUUAUUCACUGCGCUGUGUAUAGUGGACCUCUUCGGUGUCUUCCCUAUUGUGGCCUUGCCGAAGAGUAUUAUUUCUUGUGGUGUAUACGGAAUACCACUCGUGGUAGCGGUGUUCUCGUUGCAACUCUACACAGCUGUGCUGCUGGGGAGGAGCUGGCUGCUGGCACAUGAAAUAUCACCGGAUAUAAGGGAGAAAAGCAGGUUUCCUUACGCAGCGGUGGCCGAGUUGGCUUUCGGCACGAAAACGAAAAGGCUCGUGACGUUUCUCAUAGAUGCGACGGUAUUCGGUGCUGGGAUACCAAAUUUUAUAUUCGCAUCUCAAAGUAUGCAGUUGUUUUGGUGGAAGAUCACCGAUGGGGCGGUGGGGGUGUCCUAUUGCAUAUGGAUGAUAGUAAUUGGUCUUUUGCUCUGUCCUGUCAUGUGGCUGGGCUCGCCGAAAGACAUGAAGCCCGUAGCGCUGUCGUCGGUGUGCAUCGUGACGACGGUGGCGGUGUCCACGUGGGUGUGCAUCUACCUCGACGAAACGUCGCCGCCGCCGUCGGGCGACGUGCUGCAGUACGAGCCCAGCCCGCGGGACUUCCUCGUCGCUUAUGGGAUCAUUGCUUUUCAGUUCGAUAUCCAUCCGAUGUUGCUUACCCUUCAAGUGGACAUGAAGGACAGUCGGAAGAUCAACUCGGCAGUUCUCGGCGCGUUCACCAUCACCGGUCUCCUGUUCACCAUCACCUCGUUGGUGGCUGCGAAUAGAUACGGAAACAAUAUCGAGAGUAAUAUACUGCAAGGCAUACCGCCAUCCUUCAUAUUAUACAUCUUGGCCCUGCUGGUCACAUUACAACUUUGUUUCUCGAGCGCCGUCAGUAACUCCGCCCUUUUCCUUCAUAUUGAAGACUUGCUCAAGAUACCCAGAGAAUUCGGCGUAAAACGUUGCCUUCUCCGCUCAGGAAUCGUCGCAUUCGCAGUUUUUCUCGGAGAAUCUGUGCCAAGAUUCGACCUCGUCAUGAGUCUAGUUGGAUCGACAUUAACUGGACCAUUAAUGUUUAUAUUCCCGCCAUUAUUUUUCCUAAGACUCUGCUAUAAAAGAUAUCAAAUUAAAGCUAGCGCUAUGUCUCAUAAUCCAAAGAAAAAGAGCGUAAGGUUUAGUGACAGCCAUGUCAAUAAUGGCGGGAACGACAAUCAAAAUGGCGGGAACGGUAAUCAAAACGGUAACGAUCAUGUGAAGUACCCGCUUUUAGUGCACAGAGUUCAAACAAAAUAUAGAACUUUUAUGAAUGAAUACGUCGAUAUGAAGGCCGAUAUUGACAUGAAUGAUUACGCAGUUAAAUGGUACGACGUAUUAUUAGCCGUAAUUGUGAUGCUAAUGGGUAUCGCGGCAACAAUAGUCGCGACGUAUACAAGCUGGUCGAACGCCGUGGCGUCAUCUGGAUUCUCGCAGCCAUGUUUGUUGAAUGCGACCGCUGCUGCUAGGAGUUUCAUUGAAGCCACGAAUCAUGUUAUAUAGAAAAUCUCUUUGCAAUUAGCAAAUAAUUACAAAAUAAGUCACAAGUCAACAUGAAUGUAUUUAUAUAAUAUAUACCUAUAAAAACGCGAGAGGUGAACACGAAAAUAAGUGACAAUGAAAUUUGUUUUAUUAAAAUCCCGUGUGAAUUAAAUAAAUAAUAAAAAAAGACGUUAAAAUAAUAACGUAUACAAAUGAAAGAGAAAGAGAGAUGCCAGGAGGGGAGGGGUGUAUUAACCCUUUUUGCUUACGUGACUAUUUCUGGCAGUUUACUCCACUGCGAGCCGCGUAUCGUUAUUAAUAUAUUUAUAUAAAAAACAAUUGUUUGUGACUUUGAGCUAUCACUUAUGAUUAAGAAAUGACUUUAAGAACACUGAUUGUUGUAAGAACUAAACUAGCACCUAACUCACGCCCUAUUUGAACAU